AUGCUUCGACACUGCAAUCACAGAGUCAGUCCGAAGAGUGAAUCAUCGAGGAGUGAAACAACUUGUGUACUUUUGCGUUUAAGUGAAAGGACUUCUCCUCUCGCCUCUGAUGGAGGCGGGAAGAGGGAGCGGAGUGUUGGGGAGGAGGCGAUGGUGGAGAAGAAGGAGACAGAGAGCGUACAGACAGGGGUGGAUAGGAGUGCGUGUAAGAGAAGAAAAAAUUGUGAGGAUGUGGAAGGGUUGAAGAAGAUCGUUGAGAGAGAGGAGGUGGAGAUUGAGGAUGUGGAGAAGGAAGAAGAUGAGAAGGAUAAUGAGGAGGAAGAGAAUGUCAAUUAA